UAAAGAGGGUUUUUUCAUGCUUUUGUGCUUUUAGGCAAAGCAGUCAUGACACAGACGGUCAGCCUGGGCUCUGUCUCCCUAAAAGUGGAGGGCAUGACUUGUGGCUCUUGUGUCCAGUCCAUAGAACAGCGGAUUGGGUCUCAACCAGGAGUGAUACAUCUAAAGGUUUCUUUAGAGGAGAGAAGUGCCACUGUCAUUUUUGACCUCAGCCAACAGAGCCCUGAGUCUUUGUCUGGAGCCAUCGAGGACAUGGGCUUUGAGUCCAGCGUACCAAAUGGCAGCACAGCCACACCAGUAUCUACAGAAACCCAUCUGAUCCCUACCUUAGGCAUGACACCUGCUGCCCAACAGGAAGCUUCGAAGAAGCUGUCGCAAAUUCAAGGAGUGCUGGAUGUCCAAAACAGCCCACCAUAUAGGGGUCUCAUUGUCACUUUUAUUCCCUCCCUGACUUCUGCACAGCAAUUAAGUGACAUGGUGGGAAAUGUUACGCCUCUGGAGAUCCAAGCACCCAGCAGCCCAACUCAAAAAGGCCUAAAGGUUUCUCAAUCCGACACUAUGGGAGGCGGGGUUGCACUUUUGAAGUUAUGCAUUGAAGGAAUGACCUGCCACUCUUGCACAACCACUAUUGAAGGAAAAAUCGGAAAACUGAAAGGAAUUGAAAAAAUCAAAGUUGUUUUAGACUCUCAGGAAGCCAUGAUUGUCUAUCUGCCUUACCUCAUCACAGUCCAAACCAUCAUUGAGCAGAUUGCCACGGCAGGAUUCAAAGCUUCUGUCAAAUCCAAGCCCCGCCCCCUGCAGUUUUCCCCCAGAGACAUGGAGCGCUUUGCUGAUUCUCAAAAACCAACAGUUUCCUCGCCAUCGGAGAUAUCUGAUGAAACCGAAAUCUUUAUAGACACCACACUUGUUGCGCUCAGAGUUAAAGGCAUGCACUGCUCUUCCUGUGUGCGUAAUAUUCAGGACAACAUCUCCAUGCUGCCUGGUGUCUCCUCUGUGGAGGUCUCGCUGGAAAAGGAAAAGGCCUCCAUCUGCCACGAUCCUCUGAAGAUCACGGUAACACAGCUGCAGCAGGCCAUUGAAGCACUUCCUCCUGGAAACUUCAGGACCCAACCCUGGGAUUCCUCCAGCCCUCUUUUUGCUGUUCCCACAUCCACUGCCUCUUCUGUUUCACCACCAGUGUGUUCACGGACAACCCAAGCCAAACCUGCUGCUCCACAGCCUUGUUUUACCCAGCCUCUGGCAUCCAUAGCUAAAAUUCACAUUGAGGGCAUGACCUGCAACUCCUGUGUGCAGGCCAUUGAAGGCAUGAUCUCUAAAAGGAAGGGGGUGGUGUCAGCACAGGUUUCUCUGGCUGAACACCAGGGGGUGUUUGAGUAUGACCCUCUCCUGACCACACCAGAGGACCUAAGGGGGGCCGUAGAGGAUAUGGGCUUUGAUGCAUUCCUUCCUGAGACAAAUUCCCUGCUGCCUGUAUCAGAUCCCAUUCUGACAAGAUCUCUAAGUACAACACCUGUACAAAAAAAGGAGAUAGACAGCGACCCCUGCAACGAAACCCCUCAGGGACGCACUGGGGACACACACUCUAAAUGUUACAUCCAGAUUGGAGGAAUGACAUGCGCUUCCUGUGUGGCAAACAUCGAGCGAAACCUUAAGAAUGAAGCUGGUAUUUACUCUGUUCUGGUCGCACUAAUGGCUAGUAAAGCAGAGGUUCGGUACAACCCUGAAAUCAUCGACCCUCUGACGAUAGCCGAAUGUGUGAAAGAGCUGGGCUUUAGCGCCUCGGUCAUGGAGGACUAUGAAGGCUCAGAUGGAAAUCUUGAACUUGUGGUGAGGGGGAUGACAUGUGCCUCUUGUGUUCAUAAAAUUGAGUCCAACCUCGUGAGAGAAAAGGGGAUUAUAUAUGCUUCUGUUGCCUUGGCAACCAACAAAGCCCAUGUUAAAUAUGAUUCAGAAAUUAUAGGCCCACGGGACAUCAUCAAGCUGAUUGAGAACCUGGGAUUUGAAGCAUCUCUGGUGAAACGAGACCGCUCUGCCAGUCACCUGGACCACAGCAAGGAGAUAAAGCAGUGGAGGAAAUCCUUCUUUGUGAGUUUGAUUUUCUGUGUGCCUGUAAUGGGCAUGAUGAUGUACAUGAUCAUCAUGGACCAUCAGAUGAAUGUAUCCCACCAUCACAACGCUACACUGGAGGACCGCAAUCAUUAUCACUCCACCAUGUUCCUGGAGAGACAGCUGCUUCCAGGGCUUUCCAUCAUGAACCUCCUCUCCUUCAUCUUCUGUGUGCCUGUACAGUUUAUUGGAGGUCGCUACUUUUACGUUCAAGCCUACAAAGCAGUGAAACACAAGUCCGCCAACAUGGAUGUGCUGAUAGUGCUGGCCACUACUAUAGCCUUCAGCUACUCGUGUGUCGUCCUGUUGGUGGCCAUGGUGGAGAAAGCAAAAGUCAACCCCAUCACUUUCUUCGACACCCCUCCGAUGCUCUUUGUCUUCAUUUCACUGGGACGCUGGCUGGAACAGAUUGCCAAGAGCAAAACAUCUGAGGCUUUGUCCAAACUCAUGUCUUUACAAGCAACUGAGGCCACAGUGGUCACUCUGAGCAGUGAUAAUUCUAUUCUCAGUGAGGAGCAGUUGGAUGUUGAGCUGGUGCAGAGAGGUGACGUGGUGAAAGUCGUCCCCGGGGGGAAGUUUCCAGUUGAUGGGAGAGUAAUCGAAGGUCAUUCCAUGGCUGAUGAGUCCCUCAUCACAGGUGAGGCCAUGCCGGUGACAAAAAAGCCCGGGAGCUCUGUGAUUGCUGGCUCCAUAAACCAGAAUGGCUCUCUGCUGGUCAGCGCCACUCAUGUCGGCAUGGACACCACCCUGUCACAGAUUGUGAAACUGGUGGAGGAGGCUCAGACAUCGAAGGCUCCCAUCCAGCAAUAUGCAGAUAAAAUCAGUGGCUACUUUGUCCCCUUCAUUGUUGGCAUAUCUGUCCUAACACUGAUCGCCUGGAUCGUCAUUGGGUUUCUAGACUUCUCUCUCGUGGAGAUGUACUUUCCCGGUUAUGACAAAAGCAUUUCCAGAGCCGAGGCGGUGAUUCGCUUCGCCUUCCAGGCCUCCAUAACAGUGUUAUGCAUCGCCUGCCCCUGUUCCCUUGGCCUGGCCACCCCAACAGCUGUGAUGGUGGGCACAGGUGUUGGAGCUCAAAAUGGCAUCUUGAUAAAAGGAGGAGAACCACUCGAGAUGGCACAUAAGGUGCAAUCGGUGGUGUUCGACAAGACUGGGACCAUCACAUAUGGCGCUCCCAAGGUUGUCCAAGUCAAGAUAGUUGUGGAGGGGAAUAAGAUGCCUCGCUCCCGUCUGCUGGCCAUUGUGGGCACGGCAGAGAACAACAGUGAACAUCCUCUGGGAGCAGCCAUCACCAAGUACUGCAAACAGGAGCUGGGCACAGAGUGUCUCGGCACCUGCAUAGACUUCCAGGCGGUGCCAGGCUGCGGCAUACGAUGUCAGGUCAGCAACACGGAGACUCUGCUGAAGCAGGUGGACAGUGACAGCGAGGACAACAACCAGCGCAACAGCAUCCUCAUCCAGAUCAACUCGGUUCAGACGGUCACCUACGUCGUCCUCAUUGGCAACAGAGAAUGGAUGAGGAGGAACUGCCUGCAGAUCCAUCCAGACGUGGAUGAGGCCAUGACCGAGCACGAGCGCAGAGGAUGCACCGCUGUUUUAGUGGCUGUUGACAACUUGCUGUGCGCAAUGAUAGCCAUAGCUGACACAGUGAAACCUGAGGCAGAGUUGGCGGUCCACACGCUCACCAGCAUGGGUCUGGAGGUUUUCUUAAUGACUGGAGAUAACAGCAGGACCGCUCGGGCCAUUGCUGCCCAGGUGGGCAUCAGAAAGGUGUUUGCCGAGGUCCUGCCGUCCCACAAGGUGGCCAAAGUGGAGCAGCUGCAGCAGGCAGGGAAGAUAGUUGCCAUGGUGGGAGAUGGUGUCAACGACUCGCCUGCUCUGGCCAUGGCUGACGUGGGCAUCGCCAUAGGAACCGGGACUGAUGUGGCCAUAGAGGCAGCAGACGUGGUCUUAAUAAGGAAUGACCUGCUGGAUGUAGUCGGCAGUAUUGACCUCUCAAAAAAGACCGUGAGGAGGAUCAGAGUCAACUUUGUCUUUGCUCUCAUUUACAAUCUGGUUGGAAUUCCUAUUGCUGCAGGCGUGUUCCUGCCUAUCGGUCUGGUGUUACAGCCCUGGAUGGGCUCUGCCGCCAUGGCGCUGUCUUACACUAAGCCGAGUGCCGAGAAGCUGGAAGCCAGACUCGGUAAAAGCAGACAGCAGGGCAGCCUGUCUGACGUCAGCGUUCACAUUGGCAUGGGGGAAAUGCGUCGCCCCUCCCCCAAACUCAGCUUGCUGGAUCGCAUUGUCAACUAUAGCCGGGCGUCAAUCAACUCGCUGCGCUCCGACAAGCACUCGCUCAACAGCCUAGUGCUCAGCGAGCCCGACAAACACUCACUGCUGGUGGGGGAGACGCUGUGUGAGGAGGAGGUCUGCUGA